CCUCGUGAUGGGUUGUUAAAGCGAUGUUUACAUUAGAAUCAGCUGUUCAAAAUCAGCUGUUCAAAGCUCACGCGUGACGGCUGACCUGCGUUGCUCUCGGUCACGUAUUUCGCGUCGAAAAUGGUGUUUUACUUCACUAGCAAAGUGGUCGACCCACCAGUCACACUGUUCAUGGGAAUUGAUAAAUACGAAAAUGAAGAACUAAUCAAGUGGGGUUGGCCUGAAGAUGUCUGGUUCCAUGUGGAUAAGGUAUCUUCUGCUCAUGUCUAUCUGCGACUGAACCCAGGUCAAACUAUUGAUGACAUUCCCAUGGGUGUUAUAGAAGAUGCUGCCCAACUCUGCAAAGCCAACAGUAUCCAAGGUAAUAAAAUGAAUAACGUUGAUGUAGUCUACACCUUAUGGGCAAACUUGCGAAAGACCCCUGGAAUGGACGUGGGACAAGUUGGAUUUCACAAUGAAAAGGAGGUUAGAAAAAUUCGUCUUGAGAAACGCAUCAAUGAAAUUGUCAAUCGUCUAAAUAAAACAAAGACAGAGGCUCAUCCUGAUUUUAGACAAGAGAAAGAAGAAAGAGACAGACAAGAAAGAAAUGCACAGAAAAAAGAAUUAAAAGAUAAACAGAGAAAAGAAAAGGAGGAAAUUGAAAGAAGGAAGAAGGAAGAAGAAUUAAAGUAAUUUCUUUUUUCUUUUGAGAGAGUGUGUGUGUGUGUGUGU